AUGCGUGUUCCCAUUUCGAAAGGGGAACGGUUGAUCAUGAUACACGCAGGAAGUGAAGCUGGUUUUGUUCCCAAUGCAUUGACAAUGUGGAAGGCAUCGAGUCAUUCGGGUGAUUACCACGAUAACGUGAAUACGGAAUCAAUGAUGAAAUGGAUGAGAGAAAAACUUCUGCCUAACAUACCACCAAGAUCAGUUAUUGUUGUUGAUAACGCCCCCUAUCACAAUGUACAAAAAGACAAAGCACCUACUUCAAAAAGUAAGAAACAAUUGAUGAAAGAUUGGCUUUCUAAACAUCAAAUACCUUUUUCGGAUGAUUUGCUAGUCCCGGAGCUGUACAGGAUUAUUCUCCUAAAUAAACCGAGAUUUGUUAGGUAUGAGCUUGAUGAACUAGUGACCAGCAGUGGAGGACAUGUUGUGCUUCGGCUCCCACCAUACCACCCGGACUUCAACCCUAUUGAACUCAUUUGGGCUGAAGUGAAAAACUACGUAGACAGUAGAAAUAUUCAGUGCAGUUUUUCAAGUAUUAAGUCUUUAGCGGAAGAAAAGUUUUCACUUAUAGGUGCAGAGGAAUGGGCCAGAAAGUGCGAACACGUAAAAAAAAUUGAAAAUGAUUAUGCUUCAGCUGAGCCCCAAAUCGACAAUCUCGUGGAAUCAAUGAUAAUUUCACUCGGCAGCAGUGACAGUGAAAGCAGUGAAAACGCGCCAGAUGACUUGAGCGGCAUUGAAGACUUGGGUGAUUUGAGCGGCAUUGAAGAUUUGGAUUGA